AUGGGCCGACUCCACUCUAAAGGUAAGGGAAUCUCAGCUUCUGCUUUGCCCUAUAAGCGAUCACCACCAUCUUGGCUCAAGACAACCUCCCAAGAUGUUGAUGAGUCCAUUUGCAAGUUUGCGAAGAAGGGUUUGACUCCAUCUCAGAUUGGUGUCAUUCUUCGUGACUCUCACGGUAUCCCUCAGGUGAAGAGUGUUACCGGAAACAAGAUUUUGAGAAUCUUGAAAGCUCAUGGUCUUGCUCCUGAGAUCCCUGAGGAUCUGUAUCACUUGAUCAAGAAAGCAGUUGCCAUCCGCAAGCAUCUUGAGAGGAACAGGAAAGACAAGGACUCCAAGUUCAGGUUGAUUCUUGUGGAGAGCAGAAUCCAUCGUCUUGCUCGUUACUACAAGAAGACCAAGAAGCUCCCACCCGUCUGGAAGUAUGAGUCUACCACCGCAAGCACCCUUGUGGCUUAAGGAAACAUAGAGUAGGUCAAAGUUCUUUAUGAGCGACCAUUUCAUUUGCAGCAUUGCAAACCAAGUAAUCUAUGACAAUGGACUUUGUAUCUGUUUUCUCUAGUUUUUGAUGUGAUACAACUUACAAUUCGAUUUUGAAUUUAAUGAAAACU